CCUGAGGACAAGCCAAUAACUAAGGCCAAAUGUAAGAUCGAAGAAAAUAAAAGUUUUCGUAUCUUUUUAAAAUCAUUUGACUCUCAAUACAAACCACCAUGCGUUAAUACAAUUAAAAAUGAAAUUGUAAAUGGAACAAAUCAUACAACUCAAAUUAUUAAACAUAUGCUUACACAAACAAAUACAGUAUCACUUACAUUUGAUUUAUGGACUUCCCGAGCAUAUGAUUCUUAUCUAGGUGUAACCUGCCACUGGAUUUCAGAUGAAUUUCGCAUUUAUGAUCUUAUAUUAGGUGUAAUCGAAAUGGGUGCAUAUAAAACCGCUGAUGAUAUCAUUGAUUCUAUUGGACCUAUGCUUGAAGAAUUUGGUCUAGAAGAAAGUAAAAUAUUAAGUAUAACUACAGAUAACGGCUCUAAUGUCAAAUUAGCUGUUACACGAUUAUCAGCAAGACUUUCAGUAUCAAAUCCAAUUGCUAAUAUUUUUUGUGCUGCACAUACGUUGCAGCUAAGUGUUGAAGCAGGUUUAGAGGUUGCACACAUCUUACUUACAAAAUGUAAAGCAUUAAUUUCACUUUUAAGUAGAGAAAAAAAAAGAAAACAAUUAAGAGAAGCUCAAUUCAGGGUAGGCAUAUUAAAAGCUAACAUAGUUGAUGUAAUAACUGAUGUAGCAACAUGGUGGAAUUCCACCUACAUGGCUCUUGAAAGGCUUGGUGAGCUCAAACGGCCAAUUAAAUGGCUAACCAAUGACCUUGAAAAUUCAAACAACAAUGAUCAUCAUCGUGAUGGUGUUAAUAUUCGUGACAAGUUAUUAUCAAAUGAAGAAUUCAAUGUUGUAUGGGCUCUUGUUAAACUUUUAUGCCCAUUUGAUAAGGCCAUUGAAAUUCUUUUCGGAUCGAAUUAUGCUACAUUAAGUAUCAUGGUUCCAACAAUUGAAGAAUUAGUUUAUCAGCUAAAUAAUACAAAUAUUGAUUUCAGUAUUGUAAAUGAGAUACUAAAACAAAGAACGAUUGAAGGGCUACGAAAUCAGUUCAAUGAAUUAAGCAGAAGUAUAAGUCAAGUUGAAAAUAACACAAGUCCAUCUAGAGAAGAGGCUGUAAAAGAAACAAAAUCAGCAAUGAAAAGCUUUUUCUCUUUG